AUGGGCGGGUGUUUCAGCAAGAAUAAGUACACAACCCCAGAUGCCAAUGGCUACAGAUCAGAAAGAACGGGCCCCACAGGGUAUCAAAGCCACCAAAAUUAUCAAAAACCAUCAUCUCAGUACACGCCCCAGCCGCCUCAGCCCGAAAGGCACCACCAGCCGCCACCAAUGCCACGGCCGCGGCCGCAGCCGCAGCCGCAACCUCAGGCACCAAUCCCAGCUCCUGUGAAACCUGCUCCCCACUACCAGAGCCCUGUUCAAAGAUUAGAACCCAAUAACAUUUUAGGUAAGCCCUUCGAGGACAUAAGGUCAAAAUACAAACUUGGCAGAGAAUUGGGCAAGGGUCAGUUUGGGGUAACUUACCUUUGUACUGAGACUGCAACUGGGCACAAAUAUGCCUGUAAGUCAAUACUGAAGAGGAAGCUUGUGAGUAAGAAUGAUAAGGAGGAUAUGAAGAGGGAAGUUCAUAUUAUGCAGCACUUGAGUGGGCAGCCGAACAUCGUGGAAUUUAAGGGUGCUUCUGAGGACAGGCAUUCUGUGCACGUUUUGAUGGAGCUUUGUGCCGGUGGGGAGCUCUUUGACAGGAUUAUUGCUCAUGGACAUUAUUCCGAGAGAGCUGCCUCUGACCUCUGUAGACAGAUUGUGAAUGUUGUUCACCAUUGCCAUUUUAUGGGGGUGAUGCAUAGGGAUCUCAAGCCGGAGAAUUUCUUGCUUGCAAGUAAGGAUGAGAAGGCGAUGUUGAAGGCAACUGAUUUUGGGCUCAGUGUCUUUAUUGAAGAAGGAAAGGUGUAUCAUGAUGUUGUUGGUAGUGCAUACUACGUAGCUCCUGAAGUUCUACGUCGAAGUUAUGGGAAGGAAAUAGAUAUAUGGAGUGCAGGUGUUAUUUUGUACAUUCUUCUCAGCGGCGUGCCUCCAUUUUGGGCUGAAACUGAAAAGGGGAUAUUUGAUGCUAUACUGAAAGAAGAAAUUGAUUUUGAAAGCCUGCCAUGGCCCUCAAUAUCAAACAACGCGAAAGACCUUGUUCGCAGAAUGCUGACAAAGGAUCCAAAGAAGAGAAUUACUUCUAUACAAGUAUUAGAGCACCCUUGGAUUAAAGGACAAGCACCUGAUAAGCCCAUUGAUAGUGCUGUGCUCUCUAGAAUGAAGCAGUUCAGAGCAAUGAAUAAGCUCAAGAAACUUGCACUAAAGGUCAUUGCACAAAGUUUAUCUGAAGAAGAAAUUAAAGGUCUCAAAGCAAUGUUCACAAAUAUGGACACAGACAAGAGUGGUGCAAUCACAUAUGAGGAAUUGAAAUCUGGAUUGGCUCGCCUUGGGUCAAAACUGUCAGAAGCAGAAGUAAAACAACUCAUGGAAGCUGCUGAUGUGGAUGGAAACGGGACAAUUGAUUACAUUGAAUUUAUAACUGCUACGAUGCAUAGACAUAAGCUCGAACGAGAUGAGCAUCUCUAUAAAGCGUUUCAGUAUUUUGACAAGGACAACAGUGGCUAUAUUACUAUAGAUGAACUGGAAACUGCUAUGAAGGAGUACGGUAUGGGUGAUGAGGCCACAAUCAAGGAAAUAAUUUCAGAAGUUGAUACAGAUAAUGAUGGACGGAUCAACUACGAGGAGUUCUGUCAAAUGAUGAGAAGCGGAACAACACAACAGGCGAAGCUCUUCUAG